AUGUCAAGCGGUGACGAGCUUUUCUGCCUUUCAUUGAAUCACGAUGUUGGUCCCACCAUAAUCUUUUUGCAUGGACUCUGCUCCAACCACACCGAAUACGCGAAGGUGCUCCCAUUUCUUCCCGGCCACCACCUGCUUGCCGUUGACCUCCCGGGCCACUCGCAAUCAUCACACCUUCUUCCGAUCACCCUUCCCAAUGCUGCCGACCAGGUCACUCGGGUGAUAAAACGGCACGCCCGAGAUGGUCGUGCUCAUGUGGUGGGCUCAUCCCUUGGUGGAUUUGUUGCUCUUCAGCUGGCGAAGCGACAUCCCGAGGUGGUCGACACCCUCUUCGUGACUGGUGCGGCCCCGUUCACCGGGUACAGGAGAUGGUUCGCAGAGCACCCGAACGUCCUGUACUGCCUCCAGGCCCCCAUUUCCAAGUACAGUCCCGGCUGGGUCGACAAGGCAAUCUGCGCGUGGAUCGGCCUGCAAAAGCCCGACGGUCUUCGUGAGCAGGAGCGGAGGAAUUUCAGCAGGCAGCUCCUGACGGAUGGGUUCAGAAGCAUCGCCCGAUUCACCGAGAGCGAUCUGAGCUCGGUGUAUGUGAGGACUUUGACCAUUGCUGGGGAAACGCAGGACGAUGUGCAGGCGACUCGCAACAUGGGCAAACUGCUGAGAGAAGGAUGCGCGGAGAGCAAGGCAGCCAUUGUCAGAUCUGGUGCUCACGCUUGGGACUUGCAGUUUCCCCAGCUGUUCGCAAAGACCGUUAAAGCAUGGAUUGACGGGUCGGACUUUCCCGAUGGCUUGGAGGAAAUAUCUUGA